AUGGCUCCAUUGAUGAAUCGAACUAUCGGUAUUUUUAUGGAAAAAUUAGCUGAACAACAUCGUCACAAACAACCAUUUGAUAUUUAUGCUCUUUUUAAACGUUUUACAAUGGACACAAUUUGGUCGUGUGGAUUGGGUCUUGAUACAGAUAUGCAGAAUAAUCUCAAUGAUCCGUAUUUGGUUCAAUCACAACGGGUGCUCUUUCGAUACGAUAAUGCUAUUCGAUAUUGGCUACGCUAUUAUCUACCAAUAACACAAAGAUUUAUCAGCGAUGAUCCAGUAACAUGGAUUCACAAACAGGCAGAACACUUGAUCAAGAAACGCGCCGAAUUAGGUGAUACAAAUCGAAUGGAUCUAUUGAAACUGAUGCUCGAAUCAGCCACGGAUGACGACUUUAUUGAUGAUGGAUUAGGGUCUGUCGUUGCCAAUGCUGAUAUGGACAUUGAGGCACCACUUGUUCGACAACUUACUCAGCAUGAAAUUGUGGCAAAUAUUUAUCUAUUCAUGGUCGCUGGCUAUGAAACGACAAGUGCAGCACUUGCCUAUAUUACUUAUGUUCUGGCCACGCAUCCAAAUGAACAACGAAAAUUACAAGAGCAUAUCGAUGCUCACUUCGAUCAUAAUGUCGAUCAGGACAUGUUAAGCUAUGAAUUGAUCUCGAAAAUGGAGUAUUUAGAUAUGUUCAUUCGAGAAACUCUUCGAAUGUAUCCAAUCACAGAGAGCGUUAUCAACCGACAGAGCAGUGAAGAGUUUCAUAUUGAGAACGUCGGUACGAUUCCGGUUGGAACGAUCAUCCUUGCCGAUAUUUACACUUUACAUUUUAAUUCUGAUCUCUGGGGUCCGGUUGACCCACAUACAUUCUAUCCAGAACGAUUUGCUACAAAACGGCAUCCGCUUGCCUGGAUUCCAUUCGGUGCUGGACCGCGAACUUGUGUUGGAAUGCGAUUUGCACUGAUGGAAAUUAAAGAACUACUCGUUCGACUUCUUAAAGUCUAUUCGAUUGUCGAUUGUGGUGAAUCAACACAAAAUAAAAAUGGAGGUGUUGAACAUUUUGAUAUUCAAAAUAAUCAUAUUAUUCUUAAUCCUGCUGGUCCUAAAAAUUGUUUAUAUGAUGCUAUAAGUGCACAAACAAAUAUAUCAUCAAAUGAAUUGAGACAACGUGCAGCUAAUCAUAUGAGACAUAAUGCUGAUUAUUAUCUUAAAAUGAUGCCUGCUUAUGAAAUACUUGUUUAA